UAUAUUGUCAACACUAGAUAUGCACAAGCUCACGUUGAAAGAAAAAUCUUGCGGUAACAGUAUCUUAUGACACGAUUGCGUCUGCAAAAACCUUUAGAAAAUGAUUCUCACGAACAUUUUAGUCUUCCUUUCCCUCAUCGCUAAUUUUCAAAUAGGAAUAUUUGGAAUAACAACACCAGGAAGAAACAAUGACAUAUAUGAAUUCACCCAGGAGCGCCCGGCAAGAUCUUUGGAUGACAUUUACAACUUUAGGGGUAACUCGCUGAAACUCAACGGAGUCGAUGAAGCUGACGUGGCCAGAGAGGCGGGCGGCGAAACGCGAGGCCGUGCUGCUCGACCGAUGUCUAGCAGAUCGAGCUCGAGCCGCAGAAGAAUUGUUCGUUCCACAUCUACAGUAGCUAAUUGCGGAGUUACUGGUGAUCAAAUUGAUCAAAUAUCUAGUAAUAAGUUCCAUCUCAAUGACAGCAACUUCAAUCUGGCAUUAAUAUGGACAGGGAAAGACAGCAAGGAACUACUGGCACUCACUACAAUGCAAUAUGGUUUCUUCACUGGCCAAUCCCACAUAUGGUUAAGUUUAGAUUAUGGGAAGACCUUUACUAACAUUGAUGAUAGAAUUGAGGGAGCAAUCAUUAGAAACACGAAUGGAAUCUUCAAGAGUCCUCUCGACACCCAGAGGAUUAUCCUUAUCUCUUACAUGUCUGACAUGGAUGUGUUUUCAUCCAAAUUCUACAUCUCCAAAGAUGGAGCUCGUACUUUCUCUGCUGUUGUGCUCCCUUUCUAUCCUGAAGGAAAAAUCUAUUUCCAUCCUACCCAUAAGGAUCUUAUGUAUGUUAAAACACCUAACGAGGAAAAUAAGAUCUGGUUGUCUAGAGACUUUGGUAUGACAUGGAAAGCUCUCCAAUCCAAUGUUCAGCAAGCGUCUUGGGCGGCAUCAGAGAUGAACGCACCAGAUGAUCUCUUUAUGCUGCAAGAAGAAGAUGGCCAACUGAAUUUGAUAAAAACUUCCAAUAUUGGAAUGUCAUUUCAAACUGUUCAAAAGAGAGUUCAGAAUUUUGGGAUCCAAGGAAAAUUCAUCUAUGCUGCCAUUACUUCCACUUCUUCCACUGAGAAAUCCCAGCAAUCAUCUAGUGAUGUGCAGCAUGUCUUACAUGUUUCUACAGACAGAGGGCAUUCCUGGCAGCCUACUCAACUCCCUGUCAUCACAAGCGAUAGAUUUUUCUCUGUACUGGACAUGAGCGAAGGUCUCAUCUUCAUGCAUGUAGACGAUCCAGAAAACACUGGAACUGGAACAAUCUACACAUCAGCUUCUGAUGGCAUUGUGUUCGCAGAGUCGCUAUUACGUCACCUUUUUCCAAAUGGAAACCAGGUAACAGAUUUCUACAAGGUGGAGUCCAUGCGAGGUGUGUACCUAGCCAGUCAGGUCUCUUCUGACUCUACAAUCCACACAGUAAUCACCUAUGACAGAGGAGGCAUCUGGUCUCCCGUCAGAAAGCCAGCUGAAGUCCCUUGUGCAGAUACAGGGGUAUGCCAACUACAAAUUCACAAUCAGUACAGCAGACUGAAAGGCAUACGCUUUCCAACAGGGCCCAUCAGUGACAGUACAGCUACUGGACUCCUAUUAGUCCAUGCUACCGUUGCCAGUUCAUUGGAGCUACGACCUCCCGACGUGUACGUGACCAGCGAUGGAGGUUACAACUGGAGACUAGCUCUGCAGGGUCCACAUCAUCUGGCCAUCACAAACAGUGGAGGCCUUCUGGUAGCUAUUUCAACCCUUGAAGGUACCACUGAUACAAUCAAAUUUUCCUAUGAUGAGGGUCAGUGCUGGAAUUCCUUCAAGUUCACAGAAGAGAAGAUUAUUGUGACAGGGCUUCUGCCUGAACCUAGCAAGAAGUCACUCAACGUCAGCAUCUGGGGCUUUGGUGAGGAUGAUAGCCAGUGGAGGUCCUUCAUGAUAAACUUUGGCUCCAUUCUUUCAAGACAAUGUGGAGAAAGCGACUUUAUGGAUUGGCAACCUCAUGAAACCAAUGGCAAGGCCGGGUGUCUGCUGGGUCAGAAGGAAACCUUCAGGAGAGUUAGACCAGACGCUCUGUGUCGAGUUAGCUUUGAGUUUGAGCAGCUUCCAACCUCAACGAUGCACUGCCUCUGCGACAAAUCUGACUAUGAAUGUGACUAUGGAUUUUACAGAAAUACAAAAAGUACAGAUUGUAACCUAAGCCCAGAGUUCCAGCACAAAGACCUUGAGUACUGUGAGAAUGGACACGAAGAAGAAUUGAGUUCAUGGGGGUAUAGAAAAAUUCCUGGAGAUAGUUGUGUGAAUGGCUACCAGCCUCAGAGGAAUGUAGAGCAAUUGAAAACAAAGUGUGGAGCAUCAUCACAAAAUAAAAAGUCACACUCAGCUGCCUUUGGGGUCAUCAUCACAUUGCUUGUUAUAGUAGCAUUAGGACUGCUCUUCAUGUUGUACAAGAAAGGAACAUUUAAUGUAUUAAAGGGGAGUAUUAGGACAUACAGAUACUCUAAGUUGAGUCAAGGAGAUUCUUGUGAAAAUGAUCCCCUUGAUUUGUCUGAGUCACUGCAGGGUUACCAUGACGACUCGGAUGAGGACAUGUUGGAAUAGUGAAACCUUAGAUGAGAAGGCCCAGCUGGCUCGGGCAGUGUACAAGGGAUAUGGAGACAAACGUGAAGUUGUAUUUCAAAAUACUCAAGGCGUGAAGUCACUUGAAAUGGAUAAAAGAGAAAGCCAAGAGUUUUGAAUUGAAAAUAGGUGCCUUAUGAUACGAUAAUAUGUACAUCCAAUGGAAAUUUUAUACUUAUUCAUGAUACGUUUAUGGGCUCUAUAGAUGUAUCUGAGAUCCAUAUUUACUGUUUAUCGAUGAAGCAUAUGACCAAGGUCACAAAUGUAGCUCUCAAUGUUGAAUUUAAAUUAUUCAAUUACAAAAUGGUGCAAAAAGGAACUAACCUAGCAUGUUAAUGUCUUUUAUUUUUUCCUGUCUUAUUAUCUUCAAACUAAGCAAAGGGUUAUAUUCAGUAUAAAAAUGCAAAUAUUUUGACUUGAAUGAAAGGAAAAAGCUAGGUUAAGUUUGAAUUUUUCAUUUUUAUUCAUUACAACUGAAGGUAAAAAUUAUAACAAUUUUACAACAAAAUUUAUUCUUAUUAUACAACAUGUUUGUCAAGUGCAAGUUAAUUCCUUUUUUUCUACUCGGAGGCUCAUCAUCCUCCUUGGCAUUUAUGUUACAUUGCUGAGUUUAGGUCACUGAGACAUUUGUAUUUUGUUCAGAUUUUAUUUCAGAUGUUUUGGAUAGUGCAAUUCUGUUUUGUGACGACCAAAGGGUGCAUUGCCACGAUACUGCAAAGAUAAUUUAUGUAUAUAUUGUUUUAUUUAUACAGCAGCAAAGAAAUACAUCUCAUUUUUGUGAAGUGAUAUUGAUUGAUUGAAUGAAGUUGGUGAUAAUACCCAAAACUCCUGCAUCGGUCUGGUUAACCUUAAGCCUCACUUACAUACGCCGUGGUAAAUCACCCUUUUUUUUUUAGGUGGCAGCCUCUUUUUUUUUCAUCUGUAAAUGAAUGAAUGGCAAAUGGGAACAGAAAAAAGUAGUUGCACGCAAUCCAAACUUAUCUGAGUGUUAUGAGAUACGAAAAUGUGAGGCGCAUUGUGCUCACAUCAUUAUAAAUAAAGUCAUAGUGUACUGUAUCAUAUUAAACGAGCCAUGAUGAGCGCAAACUGAAGAUGGCAAGGACAUGCCAUGGAUAUAUUUCAUUCUCCUGUCUAUUUACAAAGGUAAAUUAAAAUUGUGGGGCUUUAUGCCUGAAAUGAUUUCCUUUGGGAUAUAUGCAUUGUGUAUGACAUAGACCAGUAUUCUAUAGACUUGCUGCACAAGAUUGCAGGAGUUAUUCAAUAUGUAUUUGU